GAAUCGAUGAGUUGUUAGAGAACAAAGGACAACUUCUAAAUUUCGAAUAUACCGACGAGGAUAUCUUAUCGUUACGAAAGCAAAUGAAGCGCCCCUUGGAUCUCUCUGCCAUGGACAUUGACAUUCCUCUGGACGAAUCAGAUGCAGACUCGUCGUCCGGACUCAGCGAUGCACCUAUGAACGGCACUGGUGAAAAGGACCUGCUUUCAGCCUCUUCAUUUAGCGAUGACGACGAAGAUGUGCCACUUGCGUCUCGACAACCCACCUCCGACACUCGAGCCCAGAAACGCCAAGCUGUUGAUAGCAUAAUGAUGGGUGUUGAUGAGGAGCCCGAAGAAAUUGUCGAUGACUUGGAUACGGAAUUGGGACGCGCCGCUGGAUUGGAUACGAGCCUGAUUGGUCGGCAGUCAGGAAAGACAGAAUCGCACCCCACCCUCGCACUACAAACUUCCGACAGUCCCGAACAUAUAGAUGAGGCUGCAGCUGCGGAGGACGCCAAGGCUAAAGCCAAAGUGAUCAACUCUGUUGAACGGCGAGACGAGAAACAGGAAGUUGCGCGGCUGGCAACCGGAAUCGCAAUCGACGCAGCCGCGGCCCCUACUGAGGCAAUUACUGUCUUCAUGAAGCAAAUGUUGGAGUCUCACAGACCCCAUAUUUAGUCGCCCCAGAAACGAGAACGACCAUCCAUCAUAGAAGAACGCGAAGGAAAAAUCAAGUUUGAAGUAGUUGUGAAUGAUGGGUCCCCAAGAUCGUCUAUCAUCCUCACGGGCCUCAAGUGCCUCUUCCAGAAGCAGCUUCCAAAGAUGCCGAGAGAGUACAUAACACGAUUGGUCUUUGACCGUAACGCUGAGGCGAUGGCUGUGGUGCAAAAGGGGCUGAAAGUGGUAGGCGGCAUUGCCUACAGACCAUUUCCACAUCGCACCUUCGCCGAGAUCGUGUUCUUUGCAAUUUCUGGUGUUUAUCAGAUUAAUG